AUGUUUCUUGCUGGACGAGGAAGAGGCAAGCCAAUGAGCAGUUCAUCAUCAUCCUCGGAUGGUAAAUCACACCAAGUUGAUGGUAGUGCCGAAAAAUCUUUUUCCGCGACAAACGAUCAUGCUGAUGGAGAAAUAUCAUCUCGGGAUUCAACAACAUCAUCAAAUGCUCCCACGUCGUAUUCAGCAGUGAUCAUGGAUGAAUUUGGUAAUUUGGUAGAUGAAACUGGUAAAAUCAUUCAAUCACGAAAAACUGUUGUAACAACAAAAAUCAAUCAAAGAAGACAAAAGGAAAAAAAAGAAAAUGCAUUGAAAAUUGAAAAACCUCCAAGUAUUAAAAAACAAGAAAUUUAUGACCCCUCUUUAGGAUUACCAUCUGCAGAUCGGAAAAAACGAAAAAGAGGUCUUGAAUUUCAUGAAAAAGGAGAAUUUAUUGAAAAAGCAAGAAUUAUGAGAGAGUUAGAAGAAGAAGAGCGCCAAAAGGCUCUUCUUAAACAACAGUUAGAAGCAGAAAAAAAAGAACAAGAUCGGAUACAAAAAGAACAAGAAAGAGAGCGUCUCAUACAAGAAGAAAAAGAAAUUGGAGAGCUACAUUUAAUGUUAGGGUGUAGAAGAGUGGAAGACUAUGAAUCAACCAUACCUGAUGCUUUUUGGUGGGAUAAAAGAAUAUUGAAAAGCUUUAAAAAAGGAGAUGAUUCGCGAGUAGAUUCAUCUAUUGAUCCCUAUGAGAGAGAUUAUGACACAGAAUCAAGUAUAUUUAAAAUUAAGGAAAAAAUGGUCAAACACAAUUUUGUAGAACAUCCUGUCAUUGUUGAACCGCUCAAGAAAAAAGUCGAGAUUGGCCCAUUGCCUUUAAUGUUAACUAAAAAGGAACAAAAGAAAAUGCGAACACAGCAAAGAAUUCAAAGAGAAAAAGAAAAGCAGAGAAAAAUUAAAUUAGGUCUGAUUCCACCUCCUCCUCCCAAAGCGAACAUGGGAAAUUAUAUGAAAGCUCUUUUGGGUUCUGGAGAGGACCCUACUGAAUUGGAAAUGCGUAUUAAGAGGGAAAUUGCAGAGAGAGUAAAAGCACAUGAGGAGAGAAUGGAAGCUCAAAAACUUACAAAGGAGGAAAAACGUGAGAGAAAAAUAAGGAAAAUCAAUGAAGAUGCAGAAUAUGAAUUGAUUGUAGCUCUUUAUUCAAUACCAAACUUGGCACAUCCUCAAACUAGGUUUAAAAUUAACACAGCAAAAGAGAAGGGUGUUACAGGAGCAGUACUUUCAUGUGCAAAUCAGAACAAUGACAAGAAAAGAAUAUUGUUGAUUGCUGAGGGAGGAAAAAAAAGUCUCAAAGCUUAUGACCAUGUUUUAUUGAAUCGAAUUGAUUGGACCAAAAGGGAAACCUCUGAAGAGGAAUCAAACAUUGAUAGGUCUGAACCUGACUCUGCUAAAUUAUUAUGGAAAGGAACAAUUCUUAAGCGUAAUUUCCAAUAUUUUAAAUUUCAACAAUUUGAAACUGAGGAGUCAAUCAAAAAUUAUCUCAAAGAUCAUGGAUGCAGUCACUACUUUGACAUUUUCCAAAAUGAUUUGAAUAACGUUGCUGCAGUAUUAUAA